AUGCAAUGUCAUCAAGACGGUCGGGUAGAUCAAACAUGCGUUCAUUGCCAGAAGCAUUACAAAUCACCUGGUGCACUGAAGAUGCAUCUAAAAACACAUUCUCUACCGUGCGUUUGCGAGAAAUGCGGAAAAAGUUUUAGUAGGCCUUGGUUGCUAAAAGGUCAUCAGCGAACGCAUACAGGUGAAAAACCGUACGCAUGUUCGUUUUGUGGCCGAAAUUUCGCUGAUCGUAGCAAUCUCAGGGCACACGAACAAACACAUUUUCCGCAAAGAAAACACAGAUGUGUCUACUGCGAUCUGUCAUUUGCUCGUGCACAAGUGCUGGAAAAACACAAAGCAAUUUGUCCGUCAAGACUUGACGAGAAUUCCAGUUGA